GGGAGCUCGCCGCACUCCUCUCUGUUUGCAGCAUCCCCGGAGCAGCCUCUGUUGUGUGAAACACAAGAAAGGGCAAGACGGGGGGAGCAGAUCCGUGGAGGCAACCGGAGAACGGGAAGGGGAUCUCGUGGAGGCUGCCGGGAUAGGGUUACACUGGUGUGUGGAGUCCAUCUUUGCAGAACAUGGCUGUUUAGUCAAUGUAAACAGCCUGUGCAAUACCUGCAUUGCUAAAGGGGGAAGCAGCAGAAGAGGAGGAGGAGAAGGAGGAGAAGGAGGAGGAGGAGGGGCAGCCGCUGGAGGAAAUGCUGCCUCUUCCAAUGAAAUUUUCCCCUCUCUAGCUAACCCCGGCCUGCUGCAGAUCACCUCUCAAGUCAUGCAUGUUGUAUGUUAAGUUUUAGGUUUUAUUUCCCUGAUCACAUGGCCGAAGCAUCACCAAUGCCCCCGCAGACCUCACACCAGAAGGAAGACACCUGUGUCGACCAUGGCACGCACUAGAGGCUGAGAGCGACGCGGCAGCAUCCACGCACAGACCGAAAAUACAUCCUUCAGUUGAAACUGCAACACCUGACCAUGGCUGUAACUGCAGCUCAGACAACUACAAGUUUUCUCUCCACAACUGCCACAGCCACCGCAAUCCCCUUCCUCUCCACGAGCAAGAGUGUCAGAGACAAUGUCACCUCCCGGACGACAUUAAUGACUGUUACUAUAACAACAAACGAGACCAGCUUCAAUGCCACAACGUUUCCGGAGGCGGUGAUCGAGGGCUCGGGGAUGGGAAUGGUGCUCGUGCCCUUUGGCAUCAUCACUGUCAUUGGCUUGGCAGUGGCCAUUAUGCUGUAUAUUCGGAAACGGAAGCGGUUGGAGAAGCUGAGGCACCAGCUUAUGCCCAUGUACAACUUUGACCCGGCUGAAGAACAAGAUGACCUGCUGGAACAGGAACUACUGGAUCACGGCCGGGAAGGCAGCCUCACAGGUCCCAAUGCCAAGACUCUCACAACCUCCCAGGGGACCACGCAGAGGCCCAGUCGUCUGGUCUUCACAGAUGUAGCCAAAGCUCUCAACGCUUAACAGAUCUCUUCCAUUAGUUGACUGCAGUUUUUGGGGGCUGCUGGCCUCAUCGAGAUACAGACUGGGCUUUUCUCAUUUGUCUGUUUCGUGCCUCCUAGUGUCCUGACUCCUCCAUCCUCCAGCCUAUAACUCAGCAAUUGAUCUUCUUGAAGAAUGUCUCAAUUCCUAAGAUGCAUCCUGAGGAGAGAGGAGGCUUCCCUGAGGAGCUAUGAGCGAGGAUGCACAGGUGCAUCCUGCGCAAAAGUCUUUUCAGCACCCCUGACAUCUAAAAGAGGCAGGACCGGCAUGACAAACAGCCGAUGAUGCGGCUGUGCCAUCCAUCAUAUUUAGGCCCUGUCUACAUGAAUACAAAUAUUUUUGAAAACUGAUAUUCCCCCCCCUUCAUGAAAAUCUCCCUUUGUGACAAAGCUAAUAAGAUGUAUAGGCUUCCCUUUCGAAAACACCCAACAGAGGUCUCAUCAAUGUUGAUUCCCCUUCAAUAUAAGGAAGAUGGAGCUCACUCAAGAAAAAGAGUGAUGCUCUGGACGUGCUAAAGUUUUCCUUCCACUCAUCGACUACAAUCCCACUCUCGAAAUUGUACCACUAUCUUCUCGUUUAACUGGACUUGACCCAAGCCAUUGAUUCUGGUGGCCUUUAAAUGGCGGACAGUGAGGUGGAGCAAAUGACACUGGCCGCAGCAGAUGGGAGAUGGUUCAGGAAGUUUUAGGUAGAGUGAGUCAUUAGAGCAAACAGUGCCAACAAAACGUAAAAAAUCAUUUCCCCAAAGCAUUUGAAAUGUCAACGCAAAUACAAAAUGACCUUUUUUUUUGCUUUGUUUUUUUUUUUUUAAAUCUGCACCGUUGAAGGUGUUGGUAAAAGACUUAGGAGAAAAUAUCAGAUUCCAAAAAUAUCUGUAUAUGUGUGGCCAUAAUUGACAUCACUUUAAAAUGAGGGCUCCGUAGCAUGUAUGUCUCAUUUUGUUAAAUGCAUGUUGCCUCAACUGCUCUCUCCUCCAUCUCUUCCUUAGCCUCCUCUGCUCGUAUCUCAGGUGGGACUAAGACACGAGGAGAGGAGGUGAGGAAAGGAAUCGAGGACAUGAAAACCGUGAAAUGAGAAAAGCCCACUGUCUCUCAGGAAGGAACACAAAGGGAAAACUGGACUGUUUUUGGGAACAACUGGAGCUUUGGUGAACGUUUUAAUCUCUACGACACAGAGUCUGGCAAAAAAAACAAAAACGUAGGGUGCAUGUAUGAUAAGGGAGCAUAAUGGGAGGCAUCACGUAUGAUCUUGCACUGUUACCAUUUGGCGCACAAAUGCAGUGUGAUGCACUUUUCUUGAAUCAUGUUGUGUCAUUGCUGUUAAAAUGUUUGGUAGCUUGUCAGUGAAGUUCAUCUGAGCUUCAGUAUCUUUGUCCAUGUUUGAUGAGAGAGAAGUGUACAUUUGUGUUAUUAUACUGAUUUUGUGGUCUUUUGUCUCUGACAAGCUUGAACUCUGGAUGUGUUACCAUCCUUAAGUGAACUGUUCCUCUCCAUUUUGUUUCUUCUUCACUGAGCAAUGAAGGAUUGUUUCCAUCUGUAUACAUUAAAACUAUUUAAACCAA